AUGAUGCCGACGUCGGGCCGCUUCAGCCACCCGGACGGGAACCUGCCGCCCCCCGAGCGCAGGCGGAGGCUGGACGAGUACGGCUCGGUCGAGGAACUCUACUCCUACAGCAGCACCAGCAGCACCAGCGCGGGCGGCCGCGGUGCAGCGGGACUCCCGGUCCACGCCCAGAGGUCUCACGGCGACAUCUUCCAGGAGCUCAUAAGCAGGCGCGCGCACGACAUGAUCUCGGGCGCGCAGGACGUAGUCGCCGGGGCGGGGAUGAUCCGCGAGGAGACCCAGCGGCAGAACCGGGCCCUGCGGGGAGAGAACGACACCCUGCGUGCCUGCGUGGACAUGCUGCUCGCCGAGGCGGGGGGGGGCGGGUCGACCGGCGGCGGUGGCGGAGGCAGCAGCGGCGGCAGCAGCGGCGUCUCCCCUUUCCAGUCCUCGCCCAUGCAGCUGCUGAGCGCGGCCCGGGGCGUGCGCGACAGGAACCACCAGCGGGAGCUGGCCCUGAGCGCCGCCGCGGCGACGGCGGAAAGCGCGCUGCGGGCGGAGAGGAACAGGCGCGAGGGGGCCGAGGUCGAGGCCCGGCUUUCCAGGGAGGCCGCUUCUUCUUCGAGGCAGGCGAGGGGGAGGCGCCAGAACCAGCAGCAGCAGGUCGUCGGGCGGGGCUAUCUGGGAGAAACCUUCAGCAUGGCGCUGCGCGCGCUCAAGAGGGAGAAAGCCUACUUCAUGGACGCCGUCGAGGACCGUAAGCGCGCGGAGCGCGCCCUCGCGGAGGAGAGGGCCGACCGCCGGCAGGCCGAGACGGCCGCGAGGACCGCGCUCCAGGAGGAGAGGACCAGACGGGAGCAGGCCGAGAGCCUCGCCAAGUGCGUCAUCUGCUCGACCCGCCGCCGCAGCCGGGCGCUGCUACCCUGCGGGCACCUGGUCAUGUGCGACCGAUGCCCCGUCGUCUCCACGUGCCCUAUCUGCGACCAGCAGGUCCGGCGGACGAUGCCCGGCACCCUUUCUUAA